GCGUCACAGCGUCGCAGUGUCACAGCGUCACAGCGUCGCAGCGUUACUCUGCCCUAACUUCAAUUCAACCGGAAUUGAUUGAUUGAUUGAUAGCAGUAGGUACUGCCGGAAUUGAUUGAUUGAUAGCAAUAGUUCCAUUUCUCGAUUUAUGCGUGUCAUCCUUGCGCAGGGGCCAUGCUAAUCUUCUCUUUCUCUGUAUCGUUCCAAUUUUGACGGAUGUAACCGAAGGACAUUGAUAGCAAUAGUUACUGUACUACCUGUAGACUGCGGUAGUGCCCCGACGCGCCUCGUGCAGCUUCCAUGUUCUGCUGCUGUCCCAUCUUCAGCAGCAGUUUCAUCGACGGCUGCAUCUUUGCUUCCGUGCUAUUGCCUCUUCCUGUGUCCCAUAAAGUAAAGUAUAGAAGUUAAUAGAACCCCAUUGAAUCGAUUUCGGACGCACGCUUGCCAGGUAUACCCUGUGUCCUUUGAGAAAUUUCGACAAUCGCUCGACCUUGAUCCUCUUCAGGAGCUUUCACAUUGGGUCAUUGCGGUAUGUAUAAAGCGGCAAUCACGACCAGUUUCGGUUGAGAAAGUCGGCCGUCCAAGCUCGCAGUCAGCACCUCCCCUUGCCACGUCGGUUUAGUCGCGCUGGGUACAGCAAGGGGUGUGCGUACUCAAACUCGCAUUUUUUUCUGGAUUUAGUUAAUAACCGACGUUGGUACCGGGGGGCGUUCAGUCGCGGCAGCCCGAGUGUGUCUAUGCCCUGAGACUCGGUCGGUCACACCUUUCUUCUCCUUUCCGUUGCCCUCCUUUGCACACUAAGGGCAUACUCACACCAGCACCUUUUUUUACUUCUUUACGGACGCAAUUGCGGUCAGAUUCAUCCAUGUCUGGCCGUAAAUGCGGUCAGAUUCAUACAAGAUAGAGAUAGUGCGAGUACGCCCUUAUGGGACUUCCCCGUUGAUAGGUUGCCAAAUUGGGAACUGGCGAUUCUGAUCGAUUUGGAAGGUAUCGUUUUAAAGGGGUGACUCCGUCGGAGAUUGAUUUCUCGCAUCAGAUUGGUGCACCCCCCCCCCCCUCCCCUCUCCUUCCGUCAUCGCCCUCUCCAUCCCUACUUCCUUUCCCUCUCCUUCCACCAGAGAGAUUCAUGCAGGUCUGGCCGUAAAUGCGGUUAGAUUCAUACAAGAUAGAGACAGUGAAGUGUCUCAGCACAGAUAGGCAGAAGGAGUGUGCGGAAGUCCUCAUCGAGAUGGCAACAAAACGGGCGUGGUUUCAAAGGGAUGAAUUGACUGCACUGUAUAGGAAGCGUUAUGGGGAGAGAAUCUCAGAUUCAAUCAAGGCGCAUCUUGGACAAACCCUUUUCACCGAUGCUCUUCGUUGGUGCUUCGAGAUAGCCCCGCGGAGAGAUGCUGAGUGGCUUUACAAGGCAAUGGAGGGUCUUGGCAGCGACGCAAAGAUAAUGUGUGAAAUCAUUUGCUCGCGAAAUUCACGACAGCUGGAAACAAUCAAGAUUGCCUACAAAGAGCUUUACGGCACAGACCUCGUCAAGGAUGUCGAGAGUGAGUCGUAUGGCUCGUUCCAGAAAUUCCUGAUCAAACUUCUGACAGUUCCUCGGAUGAAUGAACCUGCCGACGAGACGCGUGCAAUGGAGCUUGCCAAGGAUCUAUACGAUGCUGCAGGUGGGCGGUGGUUUACAGACAAGGACAAGGACAAAUUCAUCGAGGUGUUUACCACAGAGAGCAAGCCGCAGAUUGCUGCAGUAUAUUCCCUGUACAAAUCCAAGUUCGGUUCCGAUCUUAUCUGUACUAUUGAAGCAAAAUUCAAAGCCAAGCUCAAAGAAGCUCUCGUCUUUCUAUGCCGAUGGAUCCUAUGGCCAGCAGAGCUCUUUGCAGAUGAAGUAAAUAAGGCGAUUGGCACCGAUCAGAAGGCGCUGAUUCGACUAAUCUUGGCCCGAGGCGAAAUGGAUCUGGAAAACAUCAAGCAAGCAUUCGAGAAGAAAUACAAGAAACCGCUUGCUGAGAGGAUUGCCGAAGUUCAGGGAGGGUCUGACCUUUUUUCAUUGCUGUUGUUGUCUUCGCUAAACUAAACGACCAUUGUCGCGCCUGUCUUCGUGCCGUGUUUUUUUUUUGCCUGCUCAUUCUUGUCCUGUAAGAUACCUCGCAUAGGGCUCAUGUAUAGCUUCUUUCUAUAGUUGUUGCCCCUAGCACCAAGCUUAACACUCCGUCUGCGCCCUCCCUCCCUCUCUCCGUUCUUUCAAUUGCCUGUGCCUGCAUAUCCGGCACCGACCUACAUACAAAUAUCCCGACACUGAGCCUCUUCAUUUCUCUUCAUUUUUGCCACGAUCAUCUUUAAGUUAUAGGUCCGGCUACUUGCCAACCUCUGAGCGCUUCUCCGUUAGAGAACAAUCCGAUAUUAUUCCGUACCUAAAGUUACGGACGAGGGGUAACGAUGCAUUGGGAGUGACGGAAGUGACCCCUUCCUAUCGUACUACUGUGCAUUGGGAGGGACCCCUUCCUAUCAUACUACUGUGCAUUGGGAGUGACCCCUUCCUAUCAUACUACUGUGCAUUGGGAGUGACCGGACCCCUUCCUAUCAUUGAGUGACAAAUAGACUGCUUCACUACAGUUAGAGAUGGCUACCCACUGACUUGGGAUGCCAUCACCAGUUUUCCUGUCCACCAAUAUCAUACAUUGUUCGGGUAACCGAUCAAUCUGAGCGCAAUCUGAGCACUUCAGAAUCUCCGGUCGAAACUACUAGUCCAAUAUAAUUAUGAAGUGGCAGAUAACCUCUAUUUCAUGAAGCCUUAGGUUGCCUAUGGCUAUAGCCCUCGACCCUCCAAUGCCUCCAUGCAUCCUCUACUGAAUGGCUGCUUAGAAGGAUUGUUUUCCUGUCCACCGAUAUCGUACAUUGGUCGGGUAACCGAUCAAUCUGAGCGCAAUCUGAGCGCUUCUCCGAUUGAAACUACUAGUAGAAUAUAAUUAUGAAGUGGCAGAUAACCUCUACUUCAUGAAGCCUUCGGUUGCCUAUGGCUAUAGCCCUAGACCUAACCUCUACUUCAUGAAGCCUUCGGUUGCCUAUGGCUAUAGCCCUAGACCCUCCAUGCAUCCUGCACUGAAUGGCUGCUUAGAAGGAUUCAAAGGGGAUCAUGAUGGCGAUAGCCUAAGUGCUUAAGUUAUAGGAAAGUCGCCGCCUGCAUUCCUUUUUAAGUGCCACUGCAGAGACUCUGAGUCGGAGACUAGCUUGCUCUUUUUAUGGAUGGAUAGUGUGCAUCCAUCAAGCCAAUGACUUGAUGGCAUACUUGCAAGCAGACGGACCGGACGAGCGUCCAGUCCGGCCGCUUUGCCGCGUGCGGCACCCUCCCCCCGGACCGGACCGGACGGGGGCGGUUUUUUUUUUUUUGGGGGGGGGGGGGGGGCGUAACUGUUCGUCAGGCACACAUUCCUGCGCCGCGGGUCCGGUCCGGCGGUCUGCUGCACGUGCGGAGCCGCCCAGACGGCGUCCGCUUGCAAGUAUGCUUGAUGGGCAGGAACUUUUUACCUCAGGGAUCAGCCAGAGGGACUUCGGAGUUUGAAACUGUAGGGCUGACAUUUAAAUUGCAGUGGAUGGAUCUAUUCGUUCCACUGCGGAUCGAUCCUAUCCAGUAGUUGUAUGUUUUGCCUUGAGCUGACAUGGUUCCUCAUGGCGGCUGCGGUUCCUUAGGCGGGAACCACAAUGUCAUAGGGAGUAUUCUGCUCUCUUAUGCACUAGAGUUCCCAUCCUAUGUGAAAUUCAUUUUUGUAUGCAAGUAAUAAAUAAAAAGUUUAGUU